ACCCUAAAAUUUGUUUUGAUUCCGUGUUUUCGUCUCUCAUGUAGCAAAAAGUCGAAUUUCUCCCUCAAAAAAGCACGAAAAAUCGCCAAAAAUUACCUUAAGCAAUGCCAAUUCGUAGUUUUAAGUAGAAUUUUUUCAUCGCAGCGCAUCGCCCACAGUCAAAGAGUCAAACAUGAAAAAAGUUUGGCUACACAGGGAUCACGUCUACAACCACAAACCCUUCUACAAGCAAAAAAUCAAAGUGCUCGUCUUCGUUCUCGUCAUCUUCACAAUGGUCUUCUUCGGCUACCAAAUCUUCUAUCUCAACAAACUGAUAAUUAAUUCGAUGGAAACCACGCAAAUUCUCGUCGUCGAUACGCCGGAAGGCAUCAACGAGGACACAUCACAGCAGGAAGUCAAACCAUCGUUAACGUCAAAUGUCCCAAGGGGCAUCCGACUGCGCGAUUUGGAAAUUUAUUCCAACAAAUUCAACCAGAAGCUCUUCAAGUGCUUCAAAAGUGGCAGAGAAAUUCCCUUUGAUCGCGUCAACGACAAUUAUUGCGAUUGCGAGGACGACGGAAGCGAUGAGCCGAGUACGAAUGCGUGCGCGAACGGCGUUUUUUACUGUAAAUAUCAACAUAGACAUAAGACGGGAAGAGGCGCUUACAUGUCAAUUCCGAGUUCGAGAGUGAAUGAUGGCAUCUGUGAUUGUUGUGAUGCCAGCGAUGAGUGGCUGGGCAAAGUCGAGUGCAGAACCACUUGCAAAUGAAGAAUUUUUUCUUUUAAUUUAUUGAAUUUUCGUUAAAAAAAAAAAUGUUAAAAUGGAUUUUGUAAAUCACUACACUGAUCAUGUCAAUUUGUUACGAAAAAAAGUUUAUUAUUAAAA